CACAGGUAUGAGAGGAUUCAUUUUAUUAUAUUUUGAAAUUUAACAACGCAGCAGACGCGCACAUGGCUACGAAACGCAAAGUGGAGGUGAUUGUCCCCGCAGAGGAAAGCGACCAGCUCCUAAUUCGCCCGCUUGGCGCUGGUCAGGAGGUGGGGAGGUCAUGCAUCAUACUGGAGUUCAAAGGAAGGAAAAUCAUGCUGGACUGUGGUAUCCACCCCGGCUUGGAGGGAAUGGAUGCUCUUCCUUACAUAGAUUUGAUCGACCCAGCGGAAAUAGACCUGCUGCUCAUCAGCCAUUUUCACUUGGAUCACUGCGGAGCUCUGCCGUGGUUCCUCCAGAAGACCAGCUUUAAAGGCAGGACCUUCAUGACCCACGCCACUAAGGCCAUCUACCGCUGGCUGCUGUCAGACUACGUCAAAGUCAGCAACAUUUCUGCGGAUGACAUGCUGUACACUGAGACUGACCUCGAGGAGAGCAUGGACAAGAUCGAGACCAUCAACUUCCACGAGGUCAAGGAGGUCGCUGGGAUCAAGUUCUGGUGUUACCAUGCCGGUCAUGUGCUGGGAGCUGCCAUGUUCAUGAUAGAGAUAGCUGGCGUCAAGCUGCUGUACACCGGAGACUUUUCCCGACAAGAAGACAGGCAUCUGAUGGCAGCAGAGAUCCCCAGUGUCAAACCUGACAUCUUAAUCAUAGAGUCGACUUACGGCACCCACAUCCACGAGAAGAGGGAGGAGCGUGAAGCUCGGUUCUGUAACACCGUCCAUGACAUCGUCAACCGAGAAGGCCGCUGCUUGAUCCCUGUGUUCGCUUUGGGACGAGCCCAGGAGCUGCUGCUCAUUCUGGAUGAGUACUGGCAGAACCACCCAGAGCUCCAUGACAUCCCCAUCUACUACGCCUCAUCCCUGGCCAAGAAGUGCAUGGCCGUGUAUCAGACCUACGUCAACGCAAUGAACGACAAGAUCCGCAAAGCAAUCAACAUCAACAACCCUUUUGUCUUCAAGCACAUCAGCAACCUUAAGAGCAUGGAUCACUUCGAUGACAUCGGUCCCAGCGUGGUGAUGGCGUCUCCGGGUAUGAUGCAGAGCGGGCUCUCCAGAGAGCUCUUCGAGAGCUGGUGCACCGAUAAGAGGAACGGCGUCAUCAUUGCUGGAUACUGCGUGGAGGGCACACUGGCCAAGCAUAUCAUGUCGGAGCCGGAGGAGAUCACCACCAUGUCUGGACAGAAGCUGCAGCUGAAGAUGUCUGUGGACUACAUCUCCUUCUCUGCCCACACGGACUACCAGCAGACCAGCGAGUUCAUCAGGGCGCUCAAACCACCUCAUGUGAUCCUGGUCCACGGGGAGCAGAAUGAGAUGGCCCGUCUGAAGGCGGCGCUGAUCAGGGAGUACGAAGACAACGAUCAGGUUCACAUCGAAGUCCACAACCCUCGAAACACAGAAGCCGUCACCCUCAACUUCAGAGGAGAGAAACUGGCCAAGGUGAUGGGCUCUCUGGCUGAUAAGAAGUGUGCUCAGGGACAGAGAGUUUCAGGCAUACUUGUGAAGAAGAACUUCAACUACCACAUCCUCAAUCCUUCAGACCUUUCUACGUACACAGAGCUGGCCAUGAGCACAGUCAAACAGUCCCAGGCCAUCCCGUUCACCGGACCUUACUCACUGCUCGUCUGCCACCUGAGAAACCUCACCGGUGAUGUGGAAGAGCUGGAUGGAACCGAGAAGAACACUGUGAAGAUCUUCAAAAACAUCACUCUGAUCCACGAGGCCGGCAUGGUGAUGCUGGAGUGGAUAGCGAACCCUCUGAAUGACAUGUAUGCUGACGCAGUCACCACUGUAGUGCUGGAGGUCCAGUCCAACCCAAAGGCUCAGAAAGUUAUGGAGACCCAGAGCGCCAUCAUGGACAUGGACGUCUUCCAAACGCGAUUAGGAGUCAUGUUGCAGGACAUGUUUGGAGAGGAGUUUGUGGAUUUCAGUGAUGGUAAAAACAUAUCUCUGACAGUAGACGGGAAGACAGUUAUCAUUUGCUUGGAAACGAGGUCGGUGUGCUACGAGGAUGAGAGCACCGAGGACGACUCCCUGAGGGAGAUGGUGGAGCUGGCAGUGCAGCGGCUCUACGAUGCACUAAACCCGGUCAUCUGAGGGCCGAGCCAGGACUGCAGACGUGAGUUUCAACGAAAGAGGAACAAAGUAUCUCAAGUUCAGACACCACAGGUAUACAUGCAAAGAAUUCUGUGUCUGGGUUUAUCAAACUGGAGGUAUUUGUGUGCUAAAAACUGGACAACAUGCAUCUCCAUCAAUCACAGGAGAUUAGAAUGGCGUCCAUAUUUUCUACAUAGCUAGGAUCCAGUGUUUACUUUGAUUCAUCCCAGCUACAUUUUACUACAAUUUGGAUGAUGCUUUUCAUCAUUAGGCUCUUGCCUCUCAUCCAGUCUGGUUGGCAUAAUUGACGGCCGCAAUAACCAAUCACAGUUCUCCAUGUGUUGCUUUUAAAGUGUUGGCCUUCUUUUUAUAACUCACUGAACAUUAAGGAGCAGAACAGCAGACAUGUAAGAAAAGGAACUAAGCUGUGAAGAUAAGGAUUCUUUAAAAAAAAAAAAAAAAGGUUUUAGUGUUAGUUUGUCAUACCUGCACUUUCUUUGAAGUAUGUGUUAUAUGUUUACUGUUUAUGACUAGAUGCACUGUAGCUUGUUUUACUUGACUUUGUGACUGAUUUGCACUGAUAUUACAAACGUGUUAAACUUUGAACUGUGAUGUGAAAUGCACUUGAUGUUUGUGUUGAUAAUAAUAAUGUUAAAAUAAGACUUUUAUAAAA